CUUAUUUACCAUUUCAAUCUGAGAAUGUUGUUUUUUACUCGACCCAUCCAUUCACCACAUCCUUUAUGAAAUAGCCAUAUCUUUAAUACAUGGAAGCAGCGUGCUGAAAAGCAUAGGAAAAUACUUAUUUUAUAUCAAUAUUUAAUUCAAGGACCAUAAAGACGGCGUUGGAGAUGGGUUACAUUCGUGGGCUGAUAGACCUGUUCAAAAUAGCAUUGCUAAAGCUCAUUAAAAAUGGCUUGCAAAUAUUUGCGCUCAUAUUGAUGACUGAAGCUCAGUGGCUAAAUUGGGUUAUUCACAAGCUGUCCCCGUCCAGAUUGGGUCAAUUUCAAUUGGUACUGUAUAUUUUGAUGGUAUUCAGCUAUAUAUAUGCAAACAUAACCCCUCCUGGAACCCCAAUGACUGCGUUGUUUGAGCCGAAAACGAGUAACCAAUAUAUGAAGCGAAAAGAUGGAAUGCCUCGCUAUUGCAGCAAAUGCCUGCAAUACAAGGCUGACCGAACUCAUCACUGUUCACGUUGCGAUUCUUGUGUGCUGCGCAUGGAUCAUCAUUGUCUUUGGUUUCGGAAUUGUAUUGGAUUUCAUAACCAUAAGCUUUUUUAUCUCGUAUGCUUAUAUUUGACAACGUAUUCCCUGACGAGCGUUUACAGUACUUUUAUGGCCAUAACAAAGCAUUUUACUGCAGCAAAUGGAACCAUCAGCUCUGUCUAUUUAGUGUUUUGGGGUUCUCUCUUUGCAUUUGCGUUUGGCCUUAGUAUUGUAAUGGUUGCGUUUACUGUUUAUCAUACUUUCCUUCUUUUUCAGAAUAUCACUACCUUAGAGUCUAUGAAAUCUAGCUGGUCGAAAUAUGCCAAAUCAACACAGCCAUUUAACGUUGGUCUGUAUAAUAAUUGGUGCCAGGUGAUGGGAUCAGCACCAUGGUUCUGGUUUCUCCCCGUUAGAAAUUCGAUAGGAAACGGAACAGUUUAUCCCAUUAACCAAAAUGCCCUUCCUUACAUUCCCUCUUCAGAAGAAAAACUAGAAACUUCCUUUGAAAAGACGUCUGCUCCUAUUGGUUAUAGAGAAAAUGAAUGGGCUAGUGAUGAGGAAGAAUUUGCAAUGAAGAGUCGUCGCUGGAAUCCUCAUCUUGGCCAGUUUGAGUGGCUUGAUGAGGUAGUUUGAAUUUACUUGGAUUCUACGAUUCUGCCUUCUUCUCUGGUCUCUUGUUUACCGAAUCAGAAAGAUUUAUAUUCUUUAUCCGCUUUGUUUGUUUUAUGUUAUAAUUUGAUCGUAUAAUUGUGUCGAUCUUGGAUAUAUUUAUUUUUAGUGGUUUCAAUAUCCUUAAUUCAUGGUAUGUAUAUGAUGAAUGCGAAUACCAGAAAAAGAAUACAAAGAAAAAAAAAAGGAAGAAAAUGAAAAGGAGGAAAAGAAAUGGGUGAGCCUUAAGAAGAGCAUAGUUUAUUAUCAACAAAAGGUUCUUUUGUAUUGGGCAACUACUCUGAAUAUUUCCGCCAUUUUGGAAUAAAAUUUCUAUGUAUUCCGUUCAUAUGAUUUAGGAUAGCAGUUCAUUCAUUUCCAUUUUAAGGUAGCAUCAGUUAUUUGGGUUUUAUACAGGUAAUCGUUAAUUUAUCUUAAUUCGUUCAGUUUAGUUUAGUUUAGUUCAGUUUAGGGUCAUUUAGAUUAGUUUCUUUCGUUUCAAGUGUAGAUUUUAAUAAAUACUCGUUUCUUUUUUUUUUUUAUCA